AACUUGUACCUAUCCGGAAGAUUUUGAUGUCGGACACAGGAAAAAAGCGCUUCCUCUGUUGUGACCUGCUCACCGAUGACAACAGAGGAACAUGUAGCUGAAGUCAUGUUUAGUUGGAAGACACUGCAGAGAAACAAAACCGUCAAGUAUGGAGUCCCUAUGCUGCUGCUGGUUAUUGGUGGCUCCUUUGGCUUGCGGGAGUUUACUCAAAUCCGUUACGAUGCCCAGAAAGUCAGAAAACGGCUGGACCCUUCACUGGAGGCGAAGGUGAAUGCAGAGAAGCAGGCGGUCAUCCUGGAGGAGGAGUACGAGAAGUUGAAGGAGAUUCAUUUGGACGAGUGGAAGAACAUCCGUGGUCCCCGUCCCUGGGAGGACUCCAGGGAGUACCAGGAGCAGCAGCGCAGCAAUCUGAGCAAAACACACUGAGGCUCCGGACCGAGCCCACCGCACGCGCUCACACAGACACGCAAAGAUCACGCCAGACAGCGCAGGGGCCCGUGGAGACGGCGGCACCGGUGUUUGCUCGGCUCCGGGGGCUCUGAGCACAGCUUGUAAGCCCUUGGCUCGCGUUGGGGCCCGAAUCUUUGGGAUAGCUCAUUUUGGAGUAAAUCAUGUUGGUUUCUUCUGGCUGUGACACAUUCAGAGCUGCUGCUGAAAAGUUUCUGCUUUUAAAAUAUUGUGGCGGACACAAACAUAUAUGUUUUACACUAGGCUGUAGGCCCUUAUUGUGAAGGGGACAGAGCAGAAAUGUAGAGCGUGUUGUUCUCCCGUUAAAUGUUUUGUUUUGUGGUUGAAAGAUAUUGAGAAUAAAGCGAGACUCAAAAUGGU